ACCUCAACACGCCCAUCAGCCAGAAAAAAAAAAGUUCAUCAACAUGAGAAAAGAGGAGAAGAAACCUCAGAACAACACGUCCCUUAAAAACCAGAACCAGGCAGGGAAGGCACCUGAAGGGGAGAAAAGCACCGAUCCAGCCAAGCAGCAGGAGCCAGCAAUGAAGAAGAAAGCCAAGGGGGAUCCCAAAACGGGCCAGGAGGAGGAAUCCCACACUUGUUGUGGCUGCCGUUUCCCGCUGCUGGUUGCUUUGUUGCAGCUGGUGUUAGGCAUCUCUAUAACAGUGCUGGGCUUCAUUAUGGCAGGCAUCAGCUCUUCUUUACUAGUCAGAGACACUCCAUAUUGGGCUGGGAUAAUUGUCUGUGUGGUGGCCUUAGUGGGAACGGUGAUGCUUUGUGUUUCAUAUCAGCCUGAGGAAAAGACAUGUUUCCAGUUUGCCAUAAAGCUGAUGUACUUUCUACUGAGCACCCUGAGUCUGAUUACCUGUGUUCUGGCAGUGGCUUUUGUUGCACAUCAUUAUUCACAGAUUACACAGUUUACCUGUGAUGCCGUCCUCGACUCUUGCCAGUGCAAACUGGACACUUCAGAUCCCCUCAGUAGGACCUUCGUUUACCAGGAUGUAGCUGACUGUACCAGUGUCACUAGCACUUUCAAUCUGUAUCUGCUACUGCAGAUGGUUCUUAAUCUGAUCACAGCCAUUGUGUGUUUGUUGGCAUGCUUUGUGAUGUGGAAACACAGAUAUCAGGUCUUUUUUGUGGGCGUUCGGUUACACUCAUUAACUGGUACUGAAAUCCAACAACAGAAAGUAUAGGGGGGUGGUUUUGGUUUGUUUUAUAGAGAGUGAAUAACAAAUGUCAGGCUAUUACCACCGUAGAAACUGCAAAUAGAUGAGUGUUUCAAGAUUUUUUUUGACAAAGACGACCAUUCACACAUUUUUAAUGAAUAUAUUUAUAUUUUUCAGUCACUUGAAGAGCAAUUUUUACGGUCGCUAUUGCCAAGGGCCCUUGUGGGAAGAGCUAGAUGUAUCACAAAAAUUCUAAAGGUGUGGCUGUACAAAUAGUCUCCAAAGAGCAUCUUUAAUAGGCAUAGACAAAAGCAGUUUUGAUAAUUACUGGGAUUCCUCUGCUGAGCUAUAUAUGGUAACAAACAAUGGGCCAGAUUCUUGGUUGGUGUCAAUCUGUCUGUUCCAUUGACUUCAAUGGAGCUAUGCUGAUUUACACCAACUGAGGAUGGAUCUGGUCCAGACUGUUUAAGUGAAAUUAUUCCGGUCAUGCUUAGGGAGUUGUGCUCUUGGAUAUCCCACAUUAUCAUUACUUGGAUUUACUUUAUAUGUGUGAGCAGCGAGGGAAGGUUGAGACCCUUCCAAAUGCAAACUAAGACCAGCAACGAAUGAGAAUCUAUUGCUGGUAACAGUAUAAACUCUAGUCAAGGUUUUCAAAAGGGCCUAAUGAGAUCCCUUAAAGGGGCCUGAUUUUCCAGGAGUGAUGCUCAGCAUUUUCUGAAAAUCAGACCAAUGUAAGGUCCCUCAAGCUGGACACCUAACACUGAAGCUCCCAAAUAGCUAGUCGCUUUUGGAAAGCCUGUAUCAACAUGAUUGUAAUAGCACUGCAUACAAAAAGGAUGUUUACCCAAUUACUCCAGUUCUACUUUCCUCCAAGUGCAGCAGGCCAAAUGCCUUUUUGGCGUACUUCCUGUGAAGACAAUAGAGUUGCACCAGGGAUGGUUUUGGCCCCAAAACUCUGAAAGAUAUAUCACUGCAUAAAUAGAAAGGGGGGGGGGGCCGAGAAGGUAUUGCCAGUGUCCUUAGAACAUAAUCUACGAGUACAAGAGCACAAUGAUUUCCUAAUGAGUGGUGGUGAAGAUAAUCAAUCAUUCAUUGCAAACUGCAUUUAAAUAGUGGUUUGUAUCCCAAAAGUUAGGAUCCAAAAGUGCUUUACAGUUUAUGGGCCUGAUUCUCUACUGAUUUGCUCCUUGUAUAGUCAUUUGCGUCUCUGUAAAGUGGAUACAAAACUUCUGAGAGUGAACAAAGACUUCUGAUUUGGUAGUACUUUGCACACAUUCAUUUGCACGGAUGCACAAAGGGCAAGGGCCAAGGCAGUGGAGAAUCUUGCCCUGUAUAUCUAGAGAUCCCUCAUCCCGUCUGAAGUGACUCCACCAUUUGGGUGCAAUAAAGCCAUCAUUGUGUAUCAGCAAAACUGUACAACAGCUUCUGUAGGAAGGGGAGGGAGAAUAACUUAAGAGGUAGCAUUUUCAAAAGUGCCUACAUGACUUAUGUGCUUCAGUCCCAAUUUCAAAAGUGAUUUAGGCUCUUAGGAGCAUAA